AGCUGGAGCGCGGAGCAGAUGGGCGGCUUCGAGCCAGGGGAGAUGCCCAGCGGCAGCGAGCAGGUCCACCAGGCGCUGUCGAGGGCCGCCGCGGCGCUGCGGACGGGGCACGAGGCCGCGCAAGACGAGUGCCCCUUCGGAUUCCUGUACCUGUGCACCACUCAGGUGCUCGCCGCCGCUGUGCGCCUGACGGGAUCGCUCGAGGGCUGGGCGCGCGCGGUGGACAAGAUGAUGGCGGAGCUGCCCUUCUUCAGCAUAUCGGCAUCGCAAUGGCCCACCUUCCAGAUGCUGGCCAUGCUGUCCUCGCAGACCAAGGGCGACGAGUCCGCUGCAACACUCGGCAGCUUCCAGGCCGACAUCCACAGGUGGGGUGGCACACACCCGUCCACCAAGCGCUUCCGGCAGUUCGGCGACCUCCGGCUGCUCGAGCCGGAGUUGUGCCCCCUGGGGCGCAACGUGCAGGGCUGGACGCUGGUCGACCAGUUCGCCUCGCUCUCCGCGGAGGCAGCGGGAACCGGCCGACGUCGAGUCCUGCUGUGCGUCGUGUUCGGCCAGCGCACAGCAUGUGCACGUUCGCGCGAGUGCGUGUGGGCGCGUCCAGCCGAGCUGCACCAUUCUGGGCAUAUCGUGGUCGGCGUGCUUGAAGACUGCGCCGGUUUUGGCCAGAUCCAGGGCUCGGGAGGAGCCCGAGGUCCUCGUGCUUCUCGCCGUCGCCUCCCAGAGCAGCGGCGACGUCGCCUCUCCCGCGCAUACACAGCUUCUCACGCACAGUAG